GGGCCAAAUCUGUUUGUUGCAGCCCAUCAGGCGUUUCGGCCAGCCCACGUUCGUUGGAUGACGUUUUAGCCCACGUGAAUUUCUCGUUCCAGCCCACAAUACACACACAAGUACGCGUUUCUUCAUCUCCGUUAUCGCGAUCUUACUGAAUCCAUCCACAACUGAGCUCGGACACCUCACGUGAACCACGGUGACUCUGCUGCAUAUACACUCAGCUACGACGACGGGAUUCGCGACGAGCUCAACUCAAAUCAGUAUGAGUAAUACAACCACACCUCCUGCACCAUCAACCCAAGCUGCAGACAAGGCCAAUUGGGACUCUUCCCAAACCAAAGUGUUUGUUGAUCUUUGUGUCGAACAAGUAAAUGAAGGACGUAGGCCUGGUUCACACUUCACCAAAGAAGGUUGGCAGAAGAUAGUGACUGGCUUUUUUGAGAAAACAGGGAAGCGAUAUGAUCAACCACAAUUCAAGAACAAAUGGGACAAUCUGAAGAAGGAUUACAAAUUGUGGAAGAAACUGCGUAUUCAUGACACUGGGACUGGAUGGGAUAGUGUCCGUAACACUAUUCUUGCCGAUAAUGACUGGUGGGAGAAAAGAAUUCAGGAAGACAAAAAGGUUGCAAAGUUUCGAAGCCAGGGACCAGAAAACCUUGAGCAGUUGGAGGCACUAUUUGAUGGACUUGUGGCCACUGGUGAAUUUGCAAUGUUCGCAGGUGCAUCUAACCAAAAUGCUGGCCAAACUAAUCAAAGGACCAGCGCUGGAGAAAAUGUGGAUAAUAUCCAUCUCAGCUCUGCUGCUUCCAGUGAUCCAGAGUUUGACAUAAACAUUGAGCAAAGUAACGAAGUAAGUAGCUCCCCCACUCCGCCAAUUCGCCAAGUUAGGAGGAGAUCAGUAACACCAGGGAGCCGUGGGAAGAAGAAGCGUAGGGCAUCCGCGUCUGAUUAUCGAGAAGACAUUAGCAAGUCCUUGGGCAAUCUUGUGUCCGCUGUGAGCAGCCGGACAAAUGCAAUUGCCGGUACCCCUAUUUCAUAUGCAAAAGCUGAAAUUGCUGACUGUAUGAGAAUUUUGGAGGAAAUUCCAGAGACUGCCGAGAUGGGAGAUUUGCUAAUGUUUGCUCUUAAGUUGUUUCAGAACAAAGAUCAUCGUGAGUACUUCACUGCCAUGUUACGCAGGGACUGGCAGCUUGCAUGGUUGAAGAUGAUGUACGCGGACGCAAAGGCGGGUGGGGCAGGAGGCAGUGACUGAAGAAUUUAAGAAAUUUUUUUGAAUAAACAGUUAUUCUAUCUUGAGAAUUGUUUAUGUUUAAAUUUCAUACAUCUUUAAAUCAUUAGAUGUUGACAAUAGUUUUCCAUUUCAAUAAUCGUAGUUGUUAUGUUUAUUGUGAUUGAA